AGCGCAUUUAACGAAAAAAAAAGGCUGAAACUUUUUGCUGCUGCUCAAAAAAAAGCUCAUUUUAAAUGGCUUUGUAUAUUUUAAAAUAGACAUAGUUAAAGGUGAAAGUGUUAAGUUAGCAUAACUAGUGUUGUUAUAUGAUGAAGAAAAGAAUGUUUUUGAAACAUUCAUAAGGCGUUUUUAGCUCGAGCUUCUCAUAAGAGCAGCACACGUACUCACACGCAACACACACGCACACAUACAGAGAGCAGACACUCACACACACGCCGCGGUCAACGCAAAACAAGUUCUAAUAAGAAAAGCAAAGCACACGACGACAACGGCGAACACAAAGCAAAGAGAAGCAACAGCUUGCUUUGGCGUGCAGUUUCCACUUGGACUUCAUGAUGGGCACCAGCAGCGGCAUUAAAACCGAAGAACCUCGAGCAUUGGGCCUGAAUCACUCAAGCGGCAGCAGUAGCAGCAAUAACAACAGCACUGCAGCUGCUGUGGCGGCCGCAGUGGCAGCAGGAAAUGCAGCAAGUUCAGCGGCCGCUGCCGCCUCCCUCUCGUCCGUAGAGUUGUGUCUAGUGUGCGGAGAUCGGGCGUCGGGUCGCCACUAUGGUGCCAUUAGCUGUGAGGGCUGCAAGGGAUUCUUCAAGCGCUCGAUACGCAAGCAGCUGGGCUAUCAAUGUCGCGGGGCCAUGAACUGUGAGGUGACCAAACACCAUCGCAACAGGUGUCAAUUCUGUCGGCUGCAAAAGUGUUUGGCCAGCGGCAUGCGAAGUGAUUCCGUGCAGCACGAACGAAAACCGAUUGUGGAUCGCAAAGACGGACUGGCUUCCAGCUCCAGCAGUGGUGGCAUCUCUGCCUCUGGAUCCACUGCAACAGGUGGCAGCUCUAGCGGUUCCGUGGCCAACAAAUCCAGUUACCAACAAGUGCGAGUGAAGCAGCAACAACAGCAGCAACAACAACAACAUGCAUCAUCUGUGGCAGCUGCGGCAGCGAGCGCUGCGCUGUUUCAGCAUGCGGCCACGCCCCCCGUGUCAAGCACAGCCACCUCGACGCCCUUUGGCCUCAACGAGAAUCUAUUCCCCAUGGGCCUGAACUUUGCCGAGCUCACACAGACGCUGAUGCUCGCUUCACAACAACAGCAACAGCAGCAGCAACAAGCUGCCAGCAGCAAUGCUCCCAGUCACUGCUAUUCACCCGAGUUGGCCAAGCCGGAACUCGACGAGGAUGACGAUGAUUCCAUGGACAAUAGCAGCACACUUUGCCUGCAACUGUUGGCCAACAGCGCCAGCAAUAAUAACUCACAGCACUUGAAUUUCAAUGCGGCUGCAGCCGCCGCAGCAGCAGCAAACGUUGAUGCCACCAGCACAUUACCCACACCAGCCACUGUGGGAUUGAUUCAGAGCACGCUGGAUAAGCGGGCGAUUGACAAGGCGCUGCAAUUGUUGCAACCUAUACAACAGCAGCUGGAUCGCAGCCAGAGCAGUCAGAACACAGCAGCUGGACUCAGCAUUAAACCCGAAUGCGAAUCGGAUGCCGAGGACAGCGGCACAGAGGAUGUGGAUGCUGAUCUGGUGGAGCACAUGGAUCUGGACUUUGACUAUUGCAAUCGUGGGGAUUUUGUGGCCAACGAAGCCAUCUUUGAGCAGGAACUGUUCCCAUCGGAGGCACAAUGCGCCUUCCAUGUGCAACCACCUACUUUGGUGCACUCCUAUCUGAAUAUGCACUAUGUGUGCGAGACGGGAGCCAGGAUCAUCUUCUUGACUGUGCACACCUUGAGGAAAGUGCCCGCCUUUGAGCUGCUCGAUGCUCACACACAGAUGAAGCUGCUUCGCGGCUCUUGGCCAGCAUUGCUGGCUGUGGCAUUGGCUCAAUGCCAACGCCAAUUGGCUGUCUCGACCAUCAUUGGCCAGCUGGUGCAUAGUGUGCGUCAGGUGGCGGAUAUCGAUAAGAUUGAACCACAAAAGAUUGCGAAGCUGGCGCAGAUUACGCGCACCAUUCACGACUUUGUGCAGGAGUUACAGUCGCAGGACGUGACCGACUUGGAGUUUGGCCUUUUGCGUCUCGUGUUGCUCUUCAAUCCGCUGCUGCUGCAGCCGAAUCGUCGAGAGCGCUCACUGCGUGCCUAUGUGAAGCGUGUGCAGCUUUAUGCGUUGGCCACUUUGCGUCGCCAGAGUGGAGGAGAGGAGCGUGCAAAUGGUUUGUUUGCUAGUCUGUUGCCGUUGAGCGGCUUGGAGUCGGAGCUAACCGAAGAGCUGUUCUUUGCCAAUCUUGUGGGGCAAAUGCAAAUUGAUUCUAUGAUUCCCUUCAUUCUGAUGAUGUGCAACAGCAACGGGCUGUAAGGCGAAAGAUGGCACUAAAAAAAAAGCAAGACUGAUUGGGCAGCAUUCUUACCGAAGGCGAAGGGCGG